AUGGACACAAAGACAGAAAUUGACAUCAUUGGAAUCGCAAUCGACAUCUUCCCCAAAAGAGUAAUUCAAGUUCAUGACAACCAAUCAACAGUGCAAGACGUGAUCCUCAUAAACGAAAGGUUCGAAACACGAAUUCUACAAAUGUGGGACAAUUUCGUGUCAAAUGAAUGUCAUACCGUUUGCAACACCAUCACAAAAAAACCAGUUCUUGUGGGCAGCAGACUAAAAGUAACCUCUUUCAAUGGCAUAUCUGUCUCUACAAAAUUGAACUCAUCAGUGCUCAUUAAUCCCCCAUUUGAGCAAGUUCUUCAACUAAAGAAUUGGUUGGAAACCAACAUAACCACAACAAAUACAACAACUCCAACAUAUGCAAAAACACUUCUGGACAAAAGCAAAUAUUUUGCAAACACAAUUACGCUACACCAACUCCAAGAGCAAGAGCAACCGUCGAACUACAAGAUUCCACAGGCUCGAUAA